AUGUCAUCCGCAACAGAAAACUACGACCCAACAGCCAAAGACCUCAAGCCUGAUACCCAGCAAUUCGAGGUGAUUGACCCCGAUCAUGAAGAACCGCUCAAACCUCACGAUGAAGUUGAUCGACAUUUGGCUGUUAAAUGUCCCGAUUCCAUCAAGGACUUAUCUUUCGAAGAAUUGCAGGUUUUGGAUAAGAAGAUCACAAAGAAGAUUGAUAUUUUGAUGAUGCCUGUUUUGAUGGCUUUGUAUAUUUUGAACUACCUCGAUAGACAAAAUAUAAGUUCAGCGAAAAUAGCAGGCAUAACCGAUGAUCUCAAUAUGACAACCUCUCAGUACAACACGGCUGUAGCUGUUUUGUUCGCUGGAUACGUCUCGUUGCAGAUCCCAUCGAAUAUGUUGAUCGCCAAAAUAUCCUACCCCGGUAUAUAUAUCUGUGUCAUGUGUGGUAUCUGGGGUGCUAUCUCAGCUUCUACCGGUGCUGUUCACUCGUUCGCUGGUUUAGCCGUCUGCAGAACCAUCUUAAGUUUCGCAGAAGCUGCUUUCCUGCCUGGAGCCAUCUUCCUGGUUUCAUGCUUUUACACCAAAUCGCAAAUGGCUUUUCGAUCUGCCCUCUUCUAUGCCGGUAGUCAACUUGGUAAUGCCCUUGGUGGACUGUUUGCCUUGGCUAUAUUAGAGCUUGAUGGUGCUCAUGGGAUUGAAGGUUGGAGGGGAGUAAUGACAGUAGGAUCCGCGGCUAUAUUCGCUACGUUCAUACCCAACACACCCGAGACAGUACGAUGGGUCACACCUCAAGAGAGAGAUAGGCUGGUGUACAGAUUACAGAUGGACAGAUCCUCAAAGGACGCCGCAGAUGAAGUCACAGUGGGAGCAGCUUUCAAGAUGGCCGUAACUGAUCCCAAGACUUGGUUACUCUGUGCGGUCUUACAAUUGGAUUUCAUCGCUGCAUCAGUUACCAACUUCUUCCCCGUCGUAGUCAACGGUCUAGGUUUCAACCGAACUAUCACUCUCGCCAUCACUUGCCCACCCUACCUCAUCUGCUGUUUCGUGAUCGUCAUCAACGGUUGGCACUCUGACAAGAAGAACGAACGUACCCUUCACGUCAUCAUUCCCAUAUGCUUCGUCGUGAUCGGUAAUAUCAUAGCUGUGUCAACCACAGACACUGCAGCACGAUACGUAGCGAUGUGUCUACUACCUUCCGGUUUCUACUCCGCUUCGACCGUCAUCUUAUCAUGGAUCAGUUCAUCAAUGACUGGACCAGCUAUCAAACGAGCCAUCGUCUACGCUCUCAUCAAUGCCUUGUGUAACACACCCAAUAUCUGGACUUCGUACCUCUACUAUGACUCACCUAGAUACGUCACUGCAUUUGCGGUAGACCUGGCCGCUGCUGUCGGUGCGAUCUUCAUGGCUGCUUUUACGUAUAGGUAUUUGAGAAAUCAAAAUAGGAAGAUCGAAAGAUGUGAGGAUAUGGGUAAACAUGGUCCAACGAGUUUACAAAUUGAAACCGGAUUCAAGUAUCAACUGUAA